CUUGUAAGAAAUAUUCCUGAUUCACUGAUGCAUAUGUGUAAUUACAAUGCCAACAUACGAUAGAAAAUACGAUAGUAAGAAAAAAUAUUGUAUAUAAGUUUUUUUUUUUCUUCGUAUAAUUUUGUUUAUUACAAUGAUCAAAAUAACCUAAUUUAAAAUAAAAAAUUGAUACAAAAGCAAUUUUUGCCCAUACAAUUUUAAAAAUGCGUUCAGGCUGAGUUUCUCUCAGAAACCCAAUGUGCAUCAUUGUCAGCGAAUAUACAGGUGCUGGUCAUAAUUACAAUGUCAUCAAAAAGUUGAUUUAUUUCACUAAUUCCAUUCAAAAAGGGAAACUUCAUUACACACAAACUAAAAUAUUUCAAGGGUUAGGGUAGGGGUUAACCCCCCACCCAGUAUCUCAGAAAAUAUGAGCUUUUACUGUAGCUGUAUGAUUUCUGUCUGUCAGACUUAGUGAUGGGAAGUUCGGCUCUUUCACAGAUUUGGCUAUUCUGGCUGUGGCUCUCAAUCGGCUCCUAAUUUAUUAUUAUAUAUUAUAUUUUAGCAGAUAUUUUAUCAAUUAUAAAUGGUUUGUGUGUUUCUAAGCAUUGCUUUAUUCCGUGUUUUAAUAAAAGCCUUAUUUUAAUGCAGUCUUCUAUUUAAAAAAGUACACAGUCACUACUGUUUAACAUUUUAAUCAGACCUUUAGGUCUUGACAUUAUAACACUUUAGAUAAUAAUUUUUAGUGGAGGUUGACACAUAUUUUCAUUUUACAAAGUAUGCAUUCAGGUUCGCCGUCUCCAAUUUCAACUUUUUGCCAGCGUGCUUGCUUUUAAAUCUGGCUCCCCGUGUUGUCACACAAACCCAAAGAACACAAUGCACUUUCCACUGCCAUGCCCACUAGCAGAAAGAUUUUAGAAAGGCUCAGGUUGUUGGUAAACCAGUCAGGAAGGAAGCUGACAUUAUCCCAAUCAACAACCUAGUGAAGCCGCUCUACAGUAACACUAGAGUACCACAAUGUCUGCACUCUAAUGUUGCUGUACAGUGUAGCCUCACUUUAAGGACACUGACCAGUUUACCUCCCUGAAGGUUCUGAUGAUGGAGGCAAAGGUGAAGCCACUCAAAUGUGUUUGCCCAGCCUCCCUCAUAGUCUACUACAGUACAGCUACAGCUACACUGGCUGGAAUUUUAUCUCAGACUGUCUGUCUCCUUGCCCUUCCUGUCCCUCACCUCUUUUCCUCUUCAACCUAUCAUUACAUUUUUAGUGGAUCCAUUGUUCUAUAAUUCAAGGAAGUGAUUCAGGCCCUUUUAUCUGAAUCUGAUUGAUGUGUGUUAAAUUUUGAUAUGUGUUUUCAGCUUGGUAAUAGCUCGCUAAUCGAGCUCAAGUUGUGGUGACUGAUUGGAGAAUUUUGAAUGACAGUGUUUUCUAACUGAGGACCCAGUGAAGGCCCUGAGAAAUGCAGGGAUUUAUGUGUAGUUUUGCAGAAAGAGUUAUCCAGAUUCGACCUUGGUAAGGAUAGUCUUUGCUUGUAAUUCUAUCUUGUGGUAUAUAAAAUUGUUUACAGGAUUUCUGGAAUGAUUACUAUAUAACCACUGUAUUUAUUUUUAUUCAUUUUGUUUUAAAAACAGACUUCGUCCCUUUAUAGUGAAUAUGACAGAAAUCACUAGAAACCAACAUCACCAACAACACUAAUACCAGUCACAUGUGACUGUUGACACAGUUAACCUACCCCUUCCACCUUCUUUUCUCUGUUCCUCUUCCAUCCAUCCCUGUGAGGUCUGCUGGCCCUUGCUGUUUCCUGUUGUGGUGCAAAAUACAUAUUGUGUGGAUGGAGGAAGUGGACAGGGAUGAACAUUUGACAGGUACUGCUGGGUUUUGCAUGCAGGCGGAGCAUGCUGGGACCAGGACAUACUACUUUAGUGCAGACAGUCAUGAGGAGCAAGAAGAUUGGAUCAGAGCCAUGAUGGAGGCCGCAGAGGUCAAUGUUCAUCCAACACAGAGAACCAAUUCAGACUUCUUAACAGAUGUUAAGAAGAAAAUGGUGGCCAAGACUUCCAGUCCACAACAGCAUUCACAAACACACAUUAAAACCCACAGUGAACUGUCCACCAAGACUAAAAUGAAUGGGGAAAAUAGCCUUGAGAUACCCCUGCCUUCUACUUCCUGCUUAGAACAGGAGACACAAAUGAAUAAUGGAAGACAAUUUGAGGGAGAAGGACAUGGUCAAAAUCAUGAUCUUAUUGGCCAUCCAAAUGGAUGGGGCAGCUAUGGCAGUAUACCUCACAACAGCAAUGGCAAAUCUUCUGUAUUUAGAAGUAACAGUGGUUAUCGAUCCUCUCAGGGACACAUAGAAAGCAAUGUUGUGCAAUUGCAUGAUACAAGGGGCUUUGUGCCCAGGACACCUCCAGAGAGAGUGGCACAGAGAAAAAGCUCUAUGGCCCAUCUGCAACAGUGGGUCAACCAGCGGCGAGGCAUGGCUUCCCAUGAGGACAUUAACAGCUCAUCUCGUUACUAUCCAGUAAACAGAGAAGUUUCAUUUGACUACUAUGGCUACCCUGGUGGCCCCCAUUAUGUAGAGGAGUACCCUCUUUACCCACCAGGAAUUCGUCCUGACAGCAUCAGCUCUGUCUCUGCUGUGGGGGGAUAUGAUAGACGCUGGACUCUUGAGGAGAAGCGACGCUCACUGAGGGAUGUACAGUGUGAAUUUUAUGGACCCCCACUGCCCAGGGACUCCUGGGUGCCACAGUAUUACAGUGGAAUGGAAACAUCCAUGAGGCGCCUGUCCCUCCAACCACGUUCCAGGUCUGUGCCAAGGUCACCAUCUGCAUCAUCUGGGGGCCCCUAUUCACCAAUGCCACCCAACUUUGCCUCCCCUUCUCGAUCACCAUCUGUCAACUUUGACCGGUUUUCAGGGAAGAUGAGGGAUGAUGUAAUCUAUGCUGAUCAAUCUGUCUACAGUUUAAGGAGAGCCCUCAGCUCAUCAAAGUAUGACUGUGCUGGCAACAGGACAUUCUUAAACCAAGGAUCAUACCACCACAACUACUCUGUAUCCCCUUCCUUCCAGAAUAAAAUGAUGCCUCCUUUCCAUAAUAUCUACAGCAGAGAAUUGCAUCCGACACUGAAACUCAAUGAGAUUGAAACCAGUAAACUCUUGGGCCGGUUGUGUGAGCAAAACCAAAUUUUAAAAAACCAUGAGGCUGUUGUCCACAGACUCAGAAUGGACAAGGACAACCUAGAAGAUGCAUUGGUGGCAACACAUCAAGAAAUGGAGCUGUACCAUAACCAACCUUUGGCAAUUGAAAAAUUGCAGUUAAAAAAGGAAUCCCUGCAGAACCAGCUCAUCAACAUCAGAGGGGAGCUCUCCCAGGCCUCUAGUGCUUUAACCACUACUCAUAUGGAAUUUGAAGCGUUAGAAGAUGAAGCCAAUGCCAUCCAUGGAGAUCUAUGGGAACAGCUUAACACAGGAGGGCAGAGUGAACUAGUUCAUAAACACAUCCAAAAAGAGUUUUGGAGAGUCCAGGAUGUCUUAGAGGGGCUGCACAAGAGUAACUUAUCUCGAGGUACUGACACAACCAAGCACAGAGUGGCCAGUGGUGCAUCAGGCUCCUUUAGCACCAAUAGUCCAGCCAGUCCCUUAAGUUCAUUAAGCCUCACCAGCCCACUCAGUCCUUUUUCCCCAGUUGUGGGCUCGCAGGCUUCCCCUACCAAACAGCAUGGCCUGGAGGAAAAUGUUCCCCCAAGGCCUCCUCUUCCUAAAUCCUAUUACCCUUUGGAGACCUCCCCUAGCUACCCUCCCUCCAUUCCCCCUAUGCCCAUUGACAGUACCACCUGUCCACUCAGUUUGGGCUCCGAUGAUGGUUUCCACGAUGGUGAAGGUACACGGAAGAAGGUUGAACAGAACAAUGUUUAUGAUGUGCAGGAACAGUUCCAGGACAGACAGCCCAUUGCAAAUAAAGUUGGUAUUGUUCCUCCUAGAACCAAGUCUCCCACCGACAUGUCACACAGCAACUCUACUGGAAUUUUCUGGCGUAAUCGUACAGGAAUCUCAAGGGAGCGUCCAAAAAGUGCAGUGCUUCCUGCAGAGGUGAAGUCAAAGAUGAGCAUAGAGGAGCAGAAUGAACGAAUUCGUCGUAACCAGAGCAGCUCUGUGAGGGAUAGGAGAAGAAGUGUAAAUCUUUCAUCAAGCCAGUCUCCAGCAAAUUACAAAGUGGUUCGUAGGCGACUGACUGCUCAUGAGAUUGACAUUAAAGAUUUAGAGGCGGCAGUACGAGGCCAGGGGCAAGAGUCACCACGAGAAGAAAUUGCUCGUCUGAGACAGUUACAGAUUGAACCACAGAACUACAACCUUGACAUUAACCAAGAGCUGGUGGCCGGUAAAGUUGACCUUGAUGUUGAAGACGACACGCCCUUAAGUCCUGAGGAACAGAAGGAGAAGCAGAAGAAACUGGAGCGUAUCAAGACCCUAAUAGCCAAAUCAAAUUUACAGAACUUGGUUCCUCCCCUGGAUGGUCCAGCUGAGGGUGGCGUUCCAGGCAGCUGCCAGAAGCAACUGCAGGAGCAAGAGAAGCGCAUUGAGAUCUCAUGUGCUCUAGCUGCUGAGGCCUCUCGCCGUAGCCGCAUUCUCUCUGCUUCCUGUGCCCCCAGUGCCCCCUCAUCCUCGACCAGCUUAGCCCCUCCACCUUCUUCUGUUGACUUUCCUAAGUCUGCCCACAUCAUGAAGGUGUGAAGUCUUACAAGCUCAAGCACUGACUGCUGUCCAGUUUGAUGGAACAUCUUUCUGAGGAUUCACUGAACUAACUGACAUUUUUAGCCCCCUAAGUGAUGAGACAAUAUCAUAUACAUCUUAACAUCAAGACAUCAAAAACAUACAAUAGCAAAUAGAAAACAAAAAAAAACGUGUUCCUUCCUCAAAGCUCUGAUUUGUCUUUAUGGCAUCUACCUAUGAGUAUCUUGUGUCCCAACAGAAACCUUCUGAUAUUAACAACUUCAAGUUGUGUAAUAGACACAACUAAACUAUGGUUUAGUUCAUUCUCACAGUGCCAGAAUUUAAAGCAACUGAAGUUUGAUGCUGAUUAGCUCAAAUGUGAACACUGCAUAUUAGAGUCCCACAAUAGAAAUGAAACAACAAAGAGCUGGGCCAGAUCGAUUUACUAAGACACACGCUGAAACCUACACAUGACAUGCUUCUGGACACAAAGGAUUAUUUUUCAUGUAAUCUAAUAUCUGUUUUUAAUAACUGUGUGGUUUUUGGCCAUGUGGGUAGUGGGUUAGUGACAUGUUUAAAAGAGUCCUCUGCUCAUUUGUAAAAACCUUAUUCACUGUGAUCCUGUUACUCUCAGACCUCAGUCUCCUCUUGAUCAACCUGCCCAGUGUAUUUCAUGGUAGAAAUUCAGUUAUACAUUUGCUACAAAAUCUGGAAUUUUAACAAUUCUACAUUAUUAUACUUGAUAAUAGUUUACCUGUUAUUAAUGUAUGCUUCUGUUUAAAGUUCUUAAACCAGAGCUGUCACUCAGUGACCUUCGACACGUGUUGGCAGCCAUAAUAACUAGUGUAGCAUGCACAGUAGAUUGGUGUGUCACUUGUAAGUAAUCCUUUACAAAUGGCCAAUUACAGUAAAAGCCAGGCAAUGAGUCAGUAUGUCUGUAAUUUACAGUUGUAGCAAGUACAGUAUAGUUCAGGUCUGCUUUCUGAGCAUGAACGUAAUCCAGAACAGUUGCAUUGGAUACUGAAGAGACACAAUCACCUCACCACCAAUCGUUGUGUGCAGUGCCUGCAUAUGUUUAAAUCUUUGUGUGAAGCAUCUAUUUUAGUGGACUUCAUCCUUCUGUUCAAGAUUUUGUAUGCAUAACUAGCUACAUAUGGUUCAUAUGUAUUUAGAAGUGUAAGUAAAAAGUGAAAAUAGAAGUGACCUUAGAUAAACACUUUGUAAACUGUCAUUUAACAUAGAUUCAGAUAACAGAUUCUGACUCAGUCAUGCAAUGCUAUAAUUGGGAGACAAAUCUAAGUAUAUUAUGCUGUAAUCAAUAAGUACAUGAAUAUUAUGACAAAGAAUAGUUUAUCUCUGAAUUCCAUAAUUGUUGGAACCAAAGUAUGAAUUUAAUAAAAAUUACAUAUACUAUUAGUUGCCAUAUAAACAUCUUGAAUACACAAAAAUACCUAAACUAAAACUAAGUCAUCAGUUUUGUUGUCCUAAUACACUUUAAUUUUAACUGUACCACCUACUGUUUGCCCACACUCAGUGUCAGAUAUAUUAUGCUACAGAAAAUUAAGAAUGUUUUUUCAUAAUCCAGGAUUUAUUACACUAGUUUUACUUGUGUUGCAUUUUUAGAAAGGGAAUAUGUUCAUAAAAAGUAUGUAAGUAAUAAAAUAUUUUUUGAUUGCAUGGUUUGAUGACAAAUUAAUUGCAAUUUUUACAGUCAAUUACACUUUUUUCACAAACAAUUAUGUUUUAAUGUUUAUGCUCCCAAAGAUUGUUUAAAGGAGCCAAAUACAGAUAUUUUUGGAUUGUUGGAAUUUCAUGUUAGAAAAUUACAAUUAAAAUGUAAUGCUCAAUAUUUGAUACUAGAUGUAGCAUUUGUUGAUAAUGAAUAUCAAUAGUAUCAUAAUCAAUAUAUGCAUAUUAGAUAAAGUGAUCAAUGUAUUUAAUAUAUUGUUUUUCAGUAAUAGUAUAUCCUGCUACAGUAACUAACCCAUAUUAUUUAGGGAGAAACAGAAAAACUGCUUGAACUAUGCAAAUGAUAACAGAAAUAAUAUGCUUGCUUUCAAAAGAAUUUGCAAUAAAGUGAAUGUAUAAAGAA